AUGAAAAUUUCACGCGUACUGUGCAGCAUUGCCGUUGUGGCGUCUACCCAGCUGUUGUCGUGGGCUCAAGCUGACGAUCAGGUCGUGUCUGCAGACCAGUUCACCCCCUCAGAAGAAGUACAGACAAAUUCGGCGAGCGAUGAAGGCAAGCAUGAGUUUGUAGAGGACGGGGAUACGACGAGAGUCAUGUCCCAUCACCGGAGGUACCCCUACUCCGUGCCCUACGUACUCCCCUCGCCGUUCUACUAUCCCUCUUCUUACUACUACGCCGCUCCUCACUACUAUCCAAGGUAUCUUGAGGAGCAGAACGCUUCGAAAGAAGAUGGCGGGCACGCUGUCGACGACCGGCAGGAGGAAAUCAGCACCGGUGAACCGGCAGCGGAGGAGCGAGAUUUGUCUCAUCGUGGCCGCUACUCUCCGGUCUCAUACAGCUAUUAUUAUGCUCCCGCAAGAUACUAUGCCCCCGUCCAGUACGUACCAAGUUCGUAUCCAAGAUACCUGAAGACGGCACGGCGUGCGGCUGUUGUUGAUAAAAAUGCUGCGGCGCAAUCGAAGCUCUGGGCUGCAUCCAGGAAAGUACGAAACAUGGGGCAUCGUCGGUACGGCUACUACCAUGUCCCCAUCAGUCCCUACUACGGUUCUUACUACGGAUAUAGGAACCCGCCUUACGGAUAUGUCCGCUACUCGUAUUGA